AUGAUGGGACCCCUGUGGAAAAUGCCGUCACGGCUUUCGGCGUCUAGGAUUUUCUUAGUUCUGACAAAGCCGAGCGGAGCUCUAGCGCGCCGCCUAGUUACUUCUUCUGACUGGAUACAGCUUUCCUAACUUACAUAAACUUCACAUAGCUGAUCAUUCAAAACAUUGCGAUUUGAAUAAUGUAACCGACUUGCUUCUUUCAAUGUUGAAAUUAUUGCAGGGAGCUUUCCACGAACCUGUUCUUAUCAGUGCAUGAAGAUUCAACGACAACUGCAAAUAGUGCGGUUUAACAUCUAAAAAAUUCUUUUUUGAAUACUUUUCCUUCAGAAAGAACGUCUGGAGCAUGACGACGUUUUCAAACUAGAUAAAUGGCGGACCAAGUUCCAUCAACUGCGGUCAAGCAAUACCAGGUACCAGCCCAAUGCUCUUAAAAGCAGCUGAGGGUUUUUUGUUUUGUGAUGAAAUGCAAAGAUGAUAAAAUAACAGUAAAUUCACAAUGACUGAAAUCGCUCCUCACUUGUACAACAAAUCUUUUCUCUAACACUAACUUUCUCUAACACUAACCCUCAACCUUUCCCAGCUCUUCCCUCACCUGAACCUAUUAACUGUAGUAUAUUUUUCUCCCCCGAUGUUGUUUAUAAAUUUCUUGCCUCUCUACCUCCGAAAUGUGGAUUUUCCACUGAUAAUAUUAACUUUCUUGUUCUUAAAAGAUGUGCUAGAUCUUUAAGCCUUCCCCUGUCUCUCCUAUUUAAUGAAUCCUAUUUAACUGGUGUUAUCCCUCUUCUCUAAAAACACACUACGGUCAUACCUGUACAUAAAAAAAGGCAGUUUGUCUGACCCUUCCAAUUUCCGUCCGAUCUCUCUCACGCAUCCUAUAUCACGUGUAUUGGAACGUAUUAUCGCCCAUAUGGUUAGAACUCGAUUCGCUCAUAAAUUCUCUCGAUUUCAAUAUGGAUUUUUUUAAACCGUAGAUCUUGCAAACUCUCUCUCAUCUCUUCUAUAUCCGACAUAAAAAAAGUCCUUGGCCUCCAAUCUAAAUGUCGAUGUUAUUUACUUUUGAUUUCAGCAAAGCUUUUUGAUAGAGUAGAUCACAAUUUGCUACGUCUUAAAAUGCUAAACUUUGGUUUUUGAUAAUACUCUGAGCCGUUGGUUCUCUAAUUUUUUUAUCUCACAGAAGUUCAAUUGUUAAGGUUAACAAGUCUUUUUGCCAACAAUUGCUUUCCCAACCCUUCCGGUGUCCUCCAAGGCACUGUCAGCGGCCCUCUCCUCUUCCUCAUUUUUCAUCAACGAUAUCGAAAAAUUACAUUGAUUCCUCUACCUCUAUCUCAAUUUUUGCGGAUGAUAUUAAAAUCUAUAGCUCCUGUCCCAGAUCUCUCCAAUCAAGCAUUAACGGUAUCCUUGAAUGGUCUCAUAUUUGGUCUCCCCCACUCGCCUCAAACAAAAACGUUCUCUGUUCACUUUGGCCCAAAUAAUCCUCGCACCCUUUACUAUGUUGACCUCCUUGAAGUUCCUCAAAGCUCCAUAGUACGUGACCUUGGUUUAUUUAUCGAUGACAAGCUUUCCUUUAAACAACACAUCAGCCGUAUUGCUGCUUUUGCCACCUUACGUUCUAAUCAAAUACUGAAUACCUUCAAGUUCUCUUCACCUUUUAACUACUUCCGUAUGUUUCAAACCUACGUUAAUCCAGUCCUUGAAUAUUGCUCCGAGCUUUUCUCACCCGCCAUUUCCUCUGAGGAAUCUCACAAACUCGAAUCUUCACUCCGUCUCUUUAGUCGGAAAGUUUUCAUUCGUUGUAAUGUUAGUUUCACUUCUUACUCAGAUCGCCUUAGUCAAUUUAACAUCAAACCGUUAUUCAUUCGUCGUGAAAUUUGUGACAUUAUCACCUUGCAUAAAAUCAUCUGUGGCUCUGAUCAUUUUCUCGAUCGCAAUAAGUAUUUCACUCAAUCCCUGUUACAGAGAAAUCCACUUCGACUACGGACUACUGGUCAGUUUUCUAAUGACUUUUUCUCUAGAACUAUUCCUCUUUGGAAUAAACUAACUUCUUAUUUAGAUUUUAACGUUACCCCAGAAACUCUGCGUAAAAAGUUGA